GUUGUGUGAGUGUUUUCAGAAGUGGACAUGAAUUGACUUGGAACUGGAAGCAAAACUUAUUUUUUUUAUAAAAAUUUAGUGAAUAAUCAAUAAUUCCUGUGAAAAUAGAUAAGGUAUUUUAGAGGAGAACGCAGUAUUUUCGGGCAAUUUACAAAAUUCCUAAGCCUUUAUACAGCCUAAGGAGUUUUUUUUGUUGUAAUUCGUGCAUAGAGAGGUUCCUUUUUUCGUUGUUUUUUUUUUUUUGGAGAUUGAAAACAGCAGCGACAGAAAGUCAGCGCAUAAAAAGCCAUUGACUACUGACUGAAAACUAAUCUUUAUCACAUGCAAGACGCGUGUGAAGGUGAAAGCGUGUGGAAAAACUUCAUAUUUUCAUCAAAAUCAUAAUAGGAAAUUUGUCAUCGACUUGCCGGAGCGCGGUGUGCAUCAAAGCAGGUGGCUGUGCAUUGACUCAAGGUCGUUUACUUUCUGCCGUGUUGUGUUAGUUGGUCUUUUGGCGAGAGAGGAGCAGAAACAAUAGCAAAGCAAACAAAGUGCUUAUCUUUCACUUGCAAGAAUGGCCAUUAGUUUCGAGAAACAUCGGCCAGAAAUUGAAAGAGCAUGGAAAGAAGUCUUGGAUGACAAAUCGCCAACAGAUUGGGCUUUGUUUGGAUACGAGGGACAGAGCAAUGACUUGAAGUUGGUAAGCAGUGGGGAAGGCGGUGUGGAAGAAUUAUGCGAAGAUUUGAACAGUGGGAAAAUUAUGUAUGCCUUUGUUCGCAUAGAAGAUCCCAAAACGGGUUUGAAAAAGUUCCUCUUGAUCAAUUGGCAGGGAGAAGGUGCCCCAGUGCUGCGCAAAGGCACUUGUGCAAAUCACAUACGCGAUGUGGCCAAAGUACUUUCGGGGGCUCAUUUGACAAUAAAUGCCCGUAAUGAAGAUGAUAUUGAUUUGGAACGUUUGCUCAAGAAACUGAGCACAGUUAGUUCGGCGUAUAGCUUCAAAGAGCCACGUACUAUGCAAGAGGAGCAAAGGACACCCAUUGGCACCAACUAUACAAGGGUGAUACCCACAAAGGAACUGAAUCCAACAGUUAUGCAAGAUUUUUGGAAGAAAGAAGAAGAGGAGGAAAAGCGUCGUCUACAGGCCGAGAAACAGCAGCGAGAAAUGGAGCAAGCCAAAUUGGAAAAGGAGCAAAGAGCCCGCGAGGAAAAGGAACAUUUGGAAAGAGAAAAGAAAUUGCAAAUGAACAAUAAAUUGCAGCCGGCUCAUGUACCUAUUAAAACAUCACCACAACCUUUGAGCCCUGAGAAGACCAUGCCCAGUUCGGCAUUGACAGAGGCCGAACGCAUGCGACAACAGCGCAGUCAAGAAGCCAAAGAGCUCAUAGGCUCUCGGGUAGGAGCAGCCAAGGCCAUGUUUACCAAGCACACCAGUGAAGGUCAAUUAAUCAACAAACUUAAUACAGCACCCCCAGCCAAGCCAGCACGUAAUUCCAUUGCUCAACGCAUUAAUGCCUUUAAUCAGCCACAGCAGCCAGCGGAAAGCACCCCAGUAGCACAGCAACCACUACCAGGCAAAAUUACUUUACCCAAACAGGCAAUAAUAGCUGAAGAGGUUAAGGCCCCAGAGAAAACUGUUCCAACAAUUACAGAGCCCCCUGUGGUUAAGGUUGAACACAUUGAACCGGUCCACAGUCCCCUGGAACCGGUAAAGCCUGAAAUCACAGCAAUUGCAAAUAAUGAUGAUGAUAACCAUAACAUCGAUGAUUAUCCCCUGGAGCCAGAUACUGAACAAUAUUCCACCAUUAAACGAUCACCGCAUAGCAAGUCAAAUUCACUGCAAUCACCAGAUGAUACAUCAUCGUCAAAUAAUACCGAUACAGCUUUAUACCAAGACGAAGAGGAGGAGGUGGUGCGCACAAAGGUCUCCGUCACUGUGCAACAAUCACAGUCACAGGCACCAACGUCGACCGCCAAGAAUGGUUACAUGGAUAGAAAUGAAAUUAAUGAUCUGGUCAAUGAAGAUGAUUUUAUAUGCCAAGACACCUUGGGUGAUUUGGGUUUGAGGGCCCGUGCUUUGUACGAUUAUCAGGCAGCUGAUGAAACCGAAAUCACCUUUGAUCCUGGAGAUGUCAUCACCCACAUUGACCAAAUCGAUGAGGGUUGGUGGCAAGGUCUUGGACCAGAUGGCACUUAUGGACUGUUUCCGGCAAAUUAUGUCGAAAUUAUAGACUAAAUAUAAGGGAAUUUACAACAUUUUAUUCUUUACAAAGAAAACCACAAGUAGUAGCAGAGAAAAUGAAAAACCAAUAACUUACAAAACAAAUUCCAAAUUUAUACCGUAAACAAAAUCUUCUGAUAAUAAGCAAUAACUAGCAAUCACCAGUUUUUUUGGUAACACCAACACAUAAGUAUUCACACAAAAGUAUUUAAAAGGAGAACAGAAAUCAGCAGCAACUAAUCAUCACAUCAGAAGUAAUCAUUUAUCCCCACAGCUAGCAUUGUGACAGUAUGUAAACCAUUGGUGCCAAUCAUCUAUUGGUUUAAUUUCAUUUGUUAAUCUUUAUUAUGAUUGCACGAAACAAAAAACAAGGAAUCAUAUCAUUUUGUAUUGUUUUGUUAAAGUUGUAUUUUAUGAUGUAAUAAUGUAUUCUAUUAUUAUAUGUUUUUAUGACGUCCUUAAGUUUUAACAUUGCGUCCUGUUAACUUCCUUUUUUCAACUCUAUCUCUCUUUUAUUAUUUGUUAUGCUAUCACAAUUCUAUCUAUUAUACAAAAUAAGAUGAACGCUUAGCGUUUAUGGUAAUUUUUAAGCGUUGGUUUGUAAUCAAAUAUUUAAAUAGUGUAUAAUUUCAAUAUUCCAGUUAAAAUGUGACUUCGAGAGCAGCCGCCAAUCUAAUUUCCAAAAAAAAAAAAAAAAAAAAAAACAAUAAUGGCAGUUAUUAAGGGCAAUUUAUUAUGUUUACUUUGUAUUAAUAAUAAACAUUAAAAACCCCUAUGAGAUUAUAUACAAAACAUAUUUACUCUCCCCCAUACUUCCCAUUUAUAUAACUAUAUAUUUAAAGAAAAGUAUUAACAAUAUAUACAUUCGUACACGUGUAUACUUUAUUCAGUCGUUUUUGCAUCAAUCAACCAACAGAUAACAAGAAAUUUCUUCUUAUUAUUUGAAUUCACAAAAACGGAAAAACCAGUCAAGAACAAGAACAUGUACACAACAAAAUGCGCAAUACAUAAAUAAAAACUAUUAUUAUUAUUAUUAUUGUGCAAUGAUUUUCUUCAAUAAACAAACUAUAUAAUAUUAAAA